GCCACGGAUCAGGGCCAGGAGCCGGGACCCCGCAGCGCCACGGCCACCGUCCGCAUCGCCGUGGAGGACGACAACGACAACGCGCCGCAGUUCAGCGAGAAGCGUUACGUGGCGCAGGUCCCCGAGGACGUGGCGCCCAACUCGGCCGUGCUGCGGGUGACGGCCACCGACCGCGACAAGGGCAGCAACGCCCUGGUGCACUACAGCAUCGUGUUGGACGUCAACGAUAACGCCCCCAUCUUUGUCAGCACGCCCUUCCAGGCCACCGUGCUGGAGAACGUCCCGGUGGGUUACUCUGUCAUCCACGUUCAAGCCAUCGACGCCGAUUCGGGUGACAACGGCCGACUGGUCUACACCCUCCUGGAGACCGGCUCCGGCUUCCCCUUCGCCAUCAACAACAGCACCGGGUGGAUCGUGGUGGCCUCUGAGCUGGACCGGGAGGUGAUGGACUUCUACAGCUUCGGGGUGGAGGCGCAGGACCAGGGUAACCCCCCCAUGGCGUCGUCGGCCAGCAGCGGCGGCGGGCUCAUCUCCCUCGCCCUGCCCCUGGACUACAAGCUGGAGCGGCAGUACCUCCUCACCAUCGCCGCCUCCGACGGCACCCGCCAGGACACGGCCCAGGUGGUCGUCAACGUCACCGACGCCAACACCCACCGACCUGUCUUCCAGAGCUCCCACUACACCGUCAACGUCAAUGAGGACCGGCCGGUGGGCACCACGGUGGUGGUCAUCAGCGCCACGGAUGAGGACACGGGGGAGAACGCCCGCAUCACCUACCUGAUGGAGGACAGCAUCCCCCAGUUCCGCAUCGCCCCCGAGACGGGGGCCGUCACCACCCAGAUGGAGCUGGACUACGAGGACCAGGUGUCCUACACCCUGGCCAUCACGGCGCGUGACAACGGCAUCCCACAGAAGUCCGACACCACCUACCUGGAGAUCCUGGUGAGCGACGUCAACGACAACGCGCCCCAGUUCCUCCGUGACUCCUAUCAGGGCUCCGUCUACGAGGACGUCCCCGCCUUCACCAGUGUCCUCCAGGUCUCUGCCACCGACCGUGACUCGGGGCUCAACGGCAGGGUCUUCUACACCUUCCAAGGGGGCGAUGAUGGGGACGGCGACUUCAUCAUCGAGUCCACCUCGGGCAUCGUCCGCACCUUGCGCCGCCUGGACCGGGAGAACGUGCCGCUCUACUCCCUGAGGGCCUUCGCUGUCGAUAAGGGGAUCCCGGCCAAGCGGACGCCGGUGGAGAUCCAAGUGACGGUGCUGGAUGUCAACGACAACCCGCCCGUCUUCGAGCGGGACGAGUUCGACAUCUUCGUGGAGGAGAACAGCCCCAUCGGGCUGGUGGUGGCCCGGAUCACGGCCACCGACCCCGACGAGGGCACCAACGCCCAAAUUAUGUACCAGAUCGUGGAGGGCAACAUCCCUGAGGUCUUCCAGCUGGAUAUCUUCUCUGGCGAGCUCACCGCCUUGGCCGACCUGGACUACGAGUCCAAGGCCGAGUACGUCAUGGUGGUCCAAGCCACCUCGGCCCCCCUGGUCAGCCGGGCCACCGUCCACGUCCGCCUUCGCGACGCCAACGACAACAGCCCCCAACUCAAGAACUUUGAGAUCCUCUUCAACAACUACAUCACCAACCGCUCGGGCAGUUUCCCCGGGGGGGUCAUCGGCCGCAUUCCGGCCUACGACCCCGACGUCUCCGACAGCCUCACCUACGCCUUCGAGCAGGGCAACGAGCUCAACCUGGUGCUGCUGGACCCCCGCAGCGGGGACCUGCGCCUCAGCCCCGCCCUGGACAACAACCGCCCGCUGGAGGCCGUCAUGAGGGUCUCCGUCUCGG